AUGGAAGCCAACGCUGUUAACCACAAUUCAAACAUUAACAAUUCUCAACCGCUAACCAAAGCCAAAGCCCCACAACCUCCAAGAACUGGCACAGCGGUUAGAAUAACCACCAAAAAGUCUAACAGCGAAUUAAGAGAAAUUCUUCAACAAAUUUGCUCUAAAUAUCUCAAAGACGCCGAAGAAAACACACAACCAGACGCUACAUACAAUACUCAGUUCUGUGAAGUUCUGAACAAAGCAAUUACUAGUUCAUUUGAACUUACUAAGACAAUUCCAAGUCCAAUUGAGCUUAGCGAUGUCUUAGUUCAGUAUUUUCCAACAUUUACUAAGCUUAUAAUGUUGAGAACUUCAUAA